GAGGAACAGUCGGUGCCAUCUUUACUUGCCCUUUGGAGGUAAUAAAGACGAGGCUUCAAUCUUCAAAGCUGGCCUUCCGGGCUGUCUACUACCCCCAAGUCCAGCUGGGGACCAUCAGUGGGGAAGGAAUGGUCAGGCCAACGUCGGUAUCGCCCGGGCUCUUCCGUGUUCUCAAGUCAAUUCUGGAAAAAGAAGGACCAAGGUCACUCUUUCGAGGGCUGGGUCCAAACUUGGUUGGAGUUGCACCAUCAAGGGCUGUCUAUUUUGCAUGCUACUCCAAAGCCAAAUAGCGUUGUAAUGGUAUCUUCGUGCCCAACAGCAACAUUGUGCACAUUUGCUCUGCGGGUUCUGCAGCCUUUGUCACAAAUUCCCUGAUGAAUCCCAUAUGGAUGGUGAAAACCAGAAUGCAGCUAGAACGGAAAGUCAGGGGUUCAAAGCCAAUGAAUGCUUUGCAGUGUGCCAGAUACGUUUACCAGACAGAAGGUAUCCGUGGCUUCUACAGAGGCUUGACUGCGUCCUAUGCUGGGAUUUCUGAGACCAUUAUCUGCUUUGCUAUUUAUGAAAGCUUAAAAAAGCACUUAAAGGAAGUACAGCUGCCCCCUUCUCCUGCUAAUGGGACCGAAAGGAACUCCACAAACUUCUUUGGACUGAUGUUUGCUGCUGCUGUUUCCAAGGGCUGUGCUUCCUGCAUUGCUUAUCCACACGAGGUCAUACGGACACGGCUGCGAGAAGAAGGCACUAAAUACAAGGCUUUCAUUCAGACGGCCCGGCUCGUGGCACGUGAGGAGGGCUACCUUGCCUUCUACAGAGGACUCUUUGCCCAGCUCAUCCGGCAGAUACCAAACACAGCCAUUGUGUUGUCCACCUACGAGUUGAUCGUGUAUUUGUUAGAAGACCAUGCAAAGUAGCAGAACCAAGACUACUCUUACGGACUGUAGACCAAUUCUUUCAUUGAACAAAUAGUCCUUUAAGAGACUGAUGAUGCAGGUGGCAGCGCUGGUGAAAACCGAUGAGUCUCUGAUUACCUGCUGGAUAUUUUCCUUUUGGAUUCAUGCUUUCUGAAAGGUCUCAACUCAUUAACGUUAAUAGUUAAUUAACUUUUUUUAACUUAAUGAUAAAAAUUAAAUAGCUACUAAAUUAAAUUACACUAUUUAAUUUAAGUAUAUGUUUGUCCUUUUCCUUAAGCACAGCCGUACGUGGUCAAGGAAUGUACCUUGUAUUAUCAAGUGAUCUCUUGGACUGAUGUUCAUUAAAACUAUAUUAAAAUAGAAGAGGAACUGGUUUGGAAAUGUGAAA